AUGGCUUUGAAACUCUUUUCUAGAACCAACACUAUGGGUCUAAGGGGUAAAAAACUCAGAGUUAUGUUCACCAUGGUGGCUACUCUUGGGUUCUCCUUAUUCGGUUAUGACCAAGGUUUAAUGUCUGGUCUUAUUACUGGUGAACAAUUUAAUGCUGAAUUCCCUCCAACAAAGGGUACUGACCACUGGGCAUCUGUUCAUCAAGGUGCUGUUACUGCUUGUUAUGAAAUCGGAUGUUUGUUUGGUGCUUUGUUUGUUUUAUUUUAUGGUGAUAAAACAGGUAGAAGAAUUUUAGUCGUUACUGGUUCUUUAAUUAUCAUUAUUGGUACCGUCAUUUCCACUGCUGCAUUUGGUCCACAUUGGGGUUUAGGUCAGUUUGUUGUUGGAAGAGUGAUAACAGGUGUGGGUAAUGGUUUGAACACUGCUACUAUUCCAGUUUGGCAAUCUGAAAUGUCAAGAGCCGAAAAUAGAGGUCUUUUGGUUAAUUUUGAAGGUUCAGUCAUUGCUGUGGGUACCUUUGUUGCAUACUGGAUCGAUUUCGGUUUGUCUUAUGUCGAUACAUCUGUUCAAUGGAGGUUCCCAGUUGCUUUCCAAGCAUUCUUUGCAAUCUUUUUAUUAUUUGGUGCAAUUGAAAUGCCAGAAUCUCCAAGAUGGAUGUUUGCGCAUGACAUGAAAGCUGAGGGUAUGGAAGUUUUGGCUGCUAUGAAAGAUAUAUCUCCAGAUGAUGAUGAGAUUUAUGCUGAAUACACUUUCAUCACUGAUUCCAUUAAGAAAUUUGAUAACAACCAAGCUGGAUUUAAGGAAUUAUUCAAAGGUGGUAAAGAGCAAUAUUUCGCUAGAAUGUUGAUUGGUUCAUCUGGUCAAUUCUUCCAACAAUUCACUGGUUGUAAUGCGGCUAUUUAUUAUUCUACUGUUUUAUUUGAAAAUACUAUUCAUUUAGAUAGAAGAUUGUCUUUGGUUUUAGGUGGUGUUUUCGCUACUGUUUAUGCAUUAUCGACAAUUCCUUCCUUCUUCUUGGUUGAUACACUUGGUAGAAGAAACUUAUUCUUGAUUGGUGCUAUUGGUCAAGGUAUUUCUUUCACAAUCACUUUUGCUUGUUUAAUUCCAGAUGAUGGUAAUAAUACCCAAGAUGCCAAGGGUGCUGCUGUGGGUCUUUUCUUAUUUAUUGUCUUCUUCGGUUUUACAAUCUUGCCAAUGCCUUGGAUUUAUCCACCAGAAAUUAACCCAAUGAAGACAAGAACAGUUGCUUCUGCAGUUUCCACCUGUACUAAUUGGUUAACUAAUUUCGGUGUUGUUAUGUUCACUCCUAUUUUCAUUGAAACAAGUACUUUUGGAUGUUACUUAUUCUUCGCCCUUAUGAACUAUCUUUUCGUCCCAAUUAUUUUCUUCUUUUAUCCAGAAACUGCUGGUCGUUCCUUAGAAGAAAUUGAUAUCAUCUUCGCUAAGGCACACGUUGACAACAGAUUACCAUUCAGAGUUGCAGCUACCAUGCCACAAUUAUCUGUCAAAGAUAUUGAAGAAUACAAUGUUCAAUUAGGUAUUGAUGAUAACUUUGACAAGGAAGAGAAUGAAUUGCAGGAAAAUGCUUCCACUACUUCUGAAAAGUCACCAAGUGAAACUCCAGAAGGCAUCUUAACUCCUAAUGCAUGA